UCUAUAAAUAAGGAUGCCGAAACCUCAAAACAACACAAGCAUCCCAAUGAUACAUUUAGUCAUUCUGGUGGGUCGAGUUUAGCUGAAACUUUUAAUUUUAAUGGACAGAGUAAGAGAUUUGGCAUCGAAGAGGGCUGCAGUGAUCUUCACGAAAAGCUCGUGUUGCAUGUGUCACAGCAUCAAGGCGCUUUUUUACGAACUAGGUGCAAGUCCUGCUGUGCAUGAGCUUGAUCAAGAUGCAAAGGGGAGAGAAAUGGAGUGUGCCUUAAGAGCACUAGGCUGCAACCCAACUGUUCCGGCAGUGUUUAUUGGUGGCCGAUAUGUCGGCUCGGCUAAAGAUGUCAUCUCCCUUCAUGUUGAUGGAUCUCUAAAGCAAAAGCUGAUUGAUGCCAAGGCUAUUUGGUUUUAGAAACCAAUAUUUUUAGCACCCAAUAUAUUAUGUUAGUGCCAUAGUUAUUAUGUGAAGCUUGUGAACUGUAAUUAAGGGCUUCCUGGUUUUGUAAACUUUGGCCACCAACCACCCUAUACCCCCACAAAAAAAUCAAAGUCAACUUUUUGGUGACUUGUGCUGUAAUGAAAAAUCCUAGCUUCAAGGAAAUGACUAGUUAGAAAUUGUAUGAAAUUGUCUUUCCUCGGAAAAAUCCCAGCUCUUUUUAAUAUUUUAAUGU